UUGCGCGCGCGGCCGCUGCCGCUCCCCGGUGGUGUUGGGGGUGGGGGCUGGGACGGUUUGUUAUGAGGGAAGGACAGUGAGGUUUGUGGCGCUAGCCGGUACCGGCGGCAGGAGGUGAACGCGGUGAUUAUUGUAAAUAAGGUGCAAAUGUCAUGUAAACGAUUGAAUGACGUCAGAGAGGAAGGGAUGAAGCCCUGGAGACGGCGGCGUUUACAGUCGCUUAAAGGGUUCGGCCGGCCGCCGCUCCCCGGCAGCUUUGAUGGCAGGUUCGGUUGCCAAGUUGAUGCGGCCGGCGUUUGCUAAGCACGAACAGCACCGCUUCUCGACCGGUGACCGAAGCGAAGGCAUUGAGGCGGGCCGCGGCGGCGGCUUCUCCUGCAGAAGCAGCGAUACUCGGGAUGCCGUGAUGUCGGCGAGGAGGAAUGGCAGCCCAGCAGCCGCGGCGCCGGCCAACAUGGAAGAAGAUGUGAUUCUCCAGCAGCUCAACAGCCAGACUUCGCUCAAGCGCACCGAGGCACUUAAAGCUCUCCGUGCCAACGUCAGGCAAAACGCAGGGAGGUUAGUCUUUGGCAACAAGAAAGCUCUCUUCUCAACUUUAAACGAAGUGCUCCUCGACGGCAGAAGGGAGGUCAAAGUCUCGUGUAUUCAGCUCAUAUCGGAAAUUAUUCAAGGAUCGGAUUCAGAUCUGGAUUGUUGUAGGGCUGCCGUGCUACCCAAGCUUAUAUGGAGUCUGCGAGACGACAACCCUACUGUGCGCAAAGAAGUCGUGCAAACUUUGCAUGUAUAUUUGAAAUACUCUGUGAUCUCGAAGGACGUUUUCUGGGCUUUGAUAGAGCAUGGACUGGAAAACCAUGAUCCUGUUGUCAGGAAAGCAACGACUAUUAUUUUACCUAUUUUGCUCACUAAGGAAUUUAACAACGACAGUUUAUUCGACGUGACCCUAUGUUUAGCUAAAAAACUAAGUGGUGAUAGUAUGGAUGACCCUUUCUCAGCUUUCACAACUAUGGGACAUAUACAACGCCACAUCGGAGAAGAGGAAUUUAACUCGUACUUAAAACGUUUGCCACCGUCUCUUAGGAGAGAUUAUAACAAACUAAUGGAAAUAAAAUUUGAACCACAAGCCAAGUUAAAUGGAGGUAACGUUCCUGAGCUGGAACAAAGUAGAACCUUUAAGACCAGUUCAGGAUUUCGUGGUAGAUCCAUCGACAGCGUUGAAGAUGCCUCCCAAUUUUCCAGGCCAAUUUCGAAGGAUCAUAGUAACCUGGAGUUUCGAAUAAUUCCGCAAGAGUUAUACGCCCGGCUUCUAGACCGGGAAGACUAUAAGAGUAGAACGCAUGCUGUUGAAGAACUGAAGAAUGUUGUCGAUGAUUUUAAUUUUAUGACUGUGCCUUCUACAUCCAUUUUAGGUUUAAUUGGCUUUUUAUGCACUUUGCUUGAUGACUCAAAUUUUAAAGUUGUUCACGGUACAUUAGAAAUCAUCAACUUGUUGGUAGUUAAACUAAAUCAUGGUGUGGUAAAUUAUCUCAAACCCAUUACAUCUGCAACAAUAAAAGUGCUAGGUGACAAUAAAGUUGUCACCAAACAGGAAUAUAUGAAAGUCUUUAUAGGUUUAAUGAAGCAGGUUGGUCCUCAAAAAGUACUUGAUAUGCUGCUUGACAACAUAAAACACAAAAAUUCUAGAAUAAGGGAAGAAAUAUUAAAUAUUAUAAUUGCUUCACUUUUGACUUAUCCAAGUGAAGACUUUGAUUUGCCUAGUCUUUGCCAGGUUGUCGCACCAGCAUUAACUGACUCUAAGCGAAAGAUCCGCCAUGCAGCUUUAGAAGCUUUUGCCAUGUUGGCUUCAUCCCUUGGUUCUAACAAAAUGUUCUUGGUUAAGGCAGUGGAUACUGUGGAGUUACAGGAAGAUGGUGAUGGUGUGAUGGCUGCAGUGCAAGCCAGACUAGCAAGAAGAAUCCUGCCAAAAUUAACUCCACAAGGACUUGUGGAAUAUGCAAUACCAAUGCCAUCUUCUGCCCAUGGUAGAGGGAUACAGAUGCCAUUAGGAGCAGAUACUGAGUGGCUGCUGGCGAGUGGAAGAACCCAAAGUGCACACAGUUACCACGGUGAUCAUGAAGCUCACUCUUUAGGCUAUGGAUCACCUAGCCCCAGUACUGAUGAAUAUACCUCGUUCAGAAGAGUAUUAAGUGCCGGCCGAGGGAAGAGCAAAUUACCGUGGGAGCACACAAGCUCAGUUACCAGGAGGUGUGGUCAGCAAACUAGGUUUUCAAAUACGGCUCCAGCAGAACAGGUUCAACCAUGCAAUGAUUUGCAGCUGUCUCCAAAACUAAGGACCAGUCAAAUGAUGCAAGCCACUGAAAAUGUGUUUUUUACCCGAAAACCUAAUGUCAGCAGUACAAAUCUUGAGAAUAACUUAGCUAGUCUGACAAACUCUGGAUUUGGAGAACCACUUCAGCCUCAACCUUUAGCCAGAAGGAUACCUUUUGGCCCCUCCAGAAUGUUAAAUACACAAAGUCAUAGCGUGGACUGUGAUCUCCAAUUUUUAGGAAAUGGAAAGCAGUUGCCACAAGACAAAGCGGUCCGUUCUAGUUUGGCUCAUUCCAGCAAGAACCAUGCUUUCUACAAUCCUAUUGUUAUCGAUCCUACACCAUUCCCAACUUCCAGUUGCAGCCAAGGGUCUCACUACCUUCCAUCUUUUCAACUGCCAACUGGAACUAAGCCAAUCAACGCCUCUGUAAGUGAAGGAUCCUCGAAGAAAUUUCAGGAACAAAGUGUUCAUUUUUCUAACUCGUGGCCUACCGAACAUUUUGAUGGAGUCUCUAAACCCAGCUCUCGGAGGCUGACCAAUCAGUUGUCUGAGGAUUUGCUCAUUUUUGGAGACAGCUCGCAAGAAAGCCGUUCUCCCAUAUCACUCAAACCUGCAUUGGUAAGGUUACCAUCAUCUCGGAGAGAUCUCAACACUACAAAACCUGUCCCUCCAAUUCCGAGAGGUACUAGUCCAAUGGUUGAAACAGAAGUAGCUGCAUAUGGUAAUAGAAAAGGAACAAAUGGAGCAGAAUCUGAGGUGGUUUGGGAGGAAGAGAAGAGCAUUAACAAAAAUCUGGAAUUAGAUCUUUCCUCACUGGACAACAAUGAUGACGAAACAGAUCAUGAAGAGAUGAUGAGUGCCCUGAAGUCUUUGAGAAACAGUGCUGCAAAGAAAAGAGCUAAACUGAGCAGCAGUGCAUCUGAUGUUGAGAGUCCAGACUCAGCCCUUAAGCUGGAACUUGGUGUGAAUUCCACAUCACGCACUUCAUCGCCUUACACAAGUACUUGCAGUGAAAGUGAUGUUUACAGCCAGGAGUCUUUGACUUCUCCAUUGCCUUACAACCCCUGUGGCAAGAAAAUAAUGUCUGAUGGUUGUUCCCAAUUAGGAUCCAAACCACGUCAUGGCCAGAUACCAUCGGGAAAGGCCAGGCCUUCUCCAGUGGAAUACAGCCCUAUCUCGGGAGUAACUUUCCGUGAUAAAACAACCUCUGAUGUGAGUAUUGUUGGCCAACGCAUGACUUAUGGAAAUGGAAUCCCAGAUUCUGAAGAGGAGAAACAAAUUGAAGUAUCUCACUCUAGCUCACUCUCUAAAUUUCAAUCCAAAGAGCAUCAAAAAAAUAUAACUAGUAAUAAAUCCGCAAGAGGACUGACAGGAUCUACUUUCAGUACGCAGCAGAUGAACAACUACGAUACAAGUUCUGGAAAUGGGUUCUCUGAGGACUCUGUAGUUAUUGUAGGAAAAGGAGUCUUUGGAAGCCCUCAGUCAGUCUCAUUAACAUACAGCCAAGCCAUUACCCCGUCUUUUGACAAUGGGGAUGAAAUUUGUGACCUAAAGCAAACAAUGGAUCCUCCUUCAGGAAUCUAUGGAAGGGCUGUACCCCAGAAUAGUCAAACUGGCUUUGAUGCUUCGGAGAAUGAGAGAGAGAUUUCCAUGUCAAAAUCAGCUCGGGAUAAAAUGAAGCAAAGGAAACGGGAAGGAGUGCAACAGUGUCAUUCAGAGGAACAAGGCGAUCAUGCAAAGAAGGAAGAGAAAUUACAUGAAAGACUAAGGAACGUAGAUCCAGACAAAACACGAACUGAAACUUUGAGCAUCAGCAGUGAUGUUUUCCUUAAGUUGAAAACUGAUUCUUCACCUGUGGAAAUAGCCACUCUUAGUCCUUCGCAACUCAAACACAGCACUGGUAUGAGGAAAAAUCGAACUUCCAACUCACCAAGCUCUGGAGGGGAGAAUGCUCCAGGUCCCAGAUCAUCACACAGGGGUCAAACACCAUCGGUUUUGCCUAGUCCAGAGGUUGUAGAUCCUUCUGAAUUGAGACCUUUUUCCAAACCAGACCUUGCACUCUCAGAAGCUCUUAAACUUUUAUGUGAUGAAGACUGGGAAAAGAAAAUUGAAGGCAUCAAUUGUAUUCGAUGUCUGUCUACAUACCACUCAGAUGUGUUAACAGUGAGACUUCAUGAAGCUGUCUUUCCUGUUGUUCAAGAGGUGAAAAAUCUACGCUCUGGUGUUUCACGAGUAGCAGUCCUCUGUUUAGGAGACAUGUUCACAGUGUUCAAGAAGAAUAUGGAUCAGGAGCUGGACAACACUGUUAAAAUCCUUUUGCACAAAGCAAGUGAAUCUAAUGCCUUCAUACGAGAGGAUGUGGACAAAGCAUUGAAUGCAAUGGUCAUGAAUGUUACCCCAGCACGAGCACUUUCAUCCUUAAUAAAUGGCGGACUGAACCAUCUUAAUGCUGUGGUCAGGAAAUGUACAGCACAGCAUCUUGCCAAUGUAGUGGAGCGAAUGGGAGCAGGACGGCUUUUAUCUGGAAUUAAAGAUAUCACUGAUCGAAUUAUACAUGCGGUAGCAAAAUUUGCACAAGAUGGAUCCCAAGAAACUAGAUACUAUGGACGUAAGAUGCUGUUUAUUAUGAUGUCUCACCAUGAUUUUGACAAAGUGCUUGAAAAACAUUUGCCACCCAGAGACCUGCCUUAUAUUAGAGAUACUGUUAAUACUCUUCGGCAAAAGGGCCUUGGAGAAAUGCCAUUAGAUACCCCAUCAGCAAAGGGCAGACGAUAUCCUGGUAGUGGAGGGAGCAUGCGAGCUUCAUCUAGCUCCAGGGAAGUACAAAGUUUAACAGGAAGGGAUAUCACAGAAGGAGUAGUUAAUUUACGUGAUUACACAUGGAGGCCAUCUCCACGAAACCUGAUGGAAAAUGCAGAAUACCUCAAGGAAAUUACAGGCCUUUUGGGUGCAAAAGACUUUCGGGAUCGUAGCCGAGGAAUCGAGCAAUUAUUAACAGAUUGUCUAAACAAUCAAGAACUUGUUGUAAUUAACAUUGUUAAGAUCUUUGAUGCUUUCAAACCUCGAUUGCAUGACUUCAACAGCAAGGUGAAUCAGAUGGCAUUGGAAACCAUGCAGAAAAUGAUUCCAUUACUGAAGGAUAAUCUGGCUCAGGUUCUGAACAUUCUUUUCCCUGCCAUUGUCGACAACAAUCUGAAUUCCAAGAAUCUUGGGAUUUAUAAUGCUGCCAUCGGUGUUAUUCACACCCUCGUUCAACAUAUAGAUAAUUUCCUGCUGCUCCAACAUUUCUGCAACAAGGCUCAGUUCUUGAAUGGAAAAGCAAAACAAGACAUGACUGAGAGGCUUGCAGAUCUGGUACCAGACCUAUACACACGGAAGCCUCAGAUUGUUGAACAGAAGGUUUUGCCGGUUUUGUGGCAUCUUCUGGGGAAUAUGACGAACAGUGGUUCACUUCCUGGUAGUGGAGGAAACAUCCGUGUAGCUGCAGCUAAACUGGCUAAGGCUUUGUUUAAACCAAUGGGUCAAAGCUUAAUUGAUCAAGCCCCAAUCCGACCACCACAUAUUGCAAAGACCUUACAAGAUCUGCUGGACUUAACUCCCUAAGACCAGAAAGAACAAUUUCAGUAAUGUUACUCAGUGGAAAUAAGAGGGAUAGCAACACAGAUGUGUUCCCUAUAGUGCCUGCACUUUUCUCACAUCAGAAUGAAUUUAUUUUUGAGGACUGGAACAAAUCUUUGGUGUUUGCAUACUAUAUAUGCUCCAAGUUGAUACUGGAUUCUAAAUUCUGUAAUUGUUGCAAUAUACAGUCUGGUUUCUCCAGUAACCUUAAGCAACCUUUACACUAAAAUCACUGCAGCUAAUUUUGCACUUCUGUACAGUAGAAUCUAAUAGACAUUUAACACUAUAUCACUGUAUGGAAAUUGAUGUCAUUUAUUGUAAAGUUGUAGUGCACAUCAAAUUAUAUAUGUUUCUAUAUUUGCAAUCAGGUGUAUUGUGUUAUCUAAUAUACCCACCAAUCUCUAUUUAAUGCUACAUUUCCAUAUCACUGGAGGGCAGUAGAGGGAAGAAUCUAAUUGGAGGUCUUGAUAGGUAGAGUUCAAUCAAUGGUUGUUUUAUAUUAAUCUUCUGUGAUAGAAAAUGAAAAGCAUUUAUCGCUCCAAUUGUGUAUUGUACAGUAUUAGUUUGCACCUGCUGGUUGUAAUUUAUUAUUUUAAUAGCUUGAAAGUUGAACAUAAAUCCUACCCCUUACAUUGUGUUUAAAAUAGGUAUCAUAACAUGGCAUGACCAAGAUCGUUACAAGAAAAAUAUUUUUGUUACAGAUUCUAAUGUAUACGCAGUUGUCUUCAAAAAGCAUUCUUGAUAAAUGUAUAUUCCAUAUUUUUAUGUGAGCGUACUUAAAAAAUAUCUUGCUUUUAAUUACAAAUUUGUGAAACUAAUUACACUAAAGUCCAUUUGUGUAAUUGUGUAAACUGUUGGCAAUAGCACAAGCUGCUCAUCACUCCACAGGCAAGGUACAUGAUUUUAGACAAAAUGUUUAAAGGAAGUAAAUGAUUUUAUUUCUUUAAAAGCGGUAUCUUUGUUUUUUUGAGAAUGUUAUAACCUGGUUAUUUUUUGGUUGAUUGAUCAAAUUCAGUUGAGAUAAGAUUAAUGUGCCUCAGCAGAGCUCAAGACUGUCUUUACUGACUCCUGUCUGUGGUUGCUGUCAGCAAUAAAGCUACUCAGCAAAUGAAA